GUCUCCCAAGCCAGAAGCCGGUUAACCGAGUCAUCGACGGCGAAUUGCGGUUUCACCAAAUUUCCAAACUUUACUUCUGAAAAAAGCCGCUUUUGUAAUUCGGGUGGUGGGAGAGCAGCCCAUUAUCCGUCCCCACCAUCUCUCUCCCUUCAAUUUCUCUCUAUAAAUUUUCAAGGUCUAGAGAGAGAGAGAGAGAGAGAGAGAGUUUGGCAAUGGCGACAAAGUCUGAGAAGUUUUCUGUGGAUUUUGUGAUGGGGGGAAUGGCAGCGUUGGUGUCAAAGAGUGCAGCAGCACCCAUUGAGAGAGUGAAGCUUCUGCUGCAGAAUCAGGGAGAGAUGAUAAAAAGAGGGCAGAUUAAGAGACCUUAUAAGGGUGUUGGUGAUUGCUUUACAAGGGUGUUCAGAGAGGAAGGUGUGUUGUCGUUUUGGCGAGGCAACCAGGCCAUUGUCAUUCGAUAUUUUCCUACUCAGGCUUUCAACUUUGCAUUUAGAGGUUACUUCAAAAGCAUCUUUGGCUACUCAAAAGAGAAAGAUGGGUACAUAAUGUGGUUUGCUGGAAAUGUGGCUUCAGGAAGUGCUGCUGGAGCAACUACUUCAUUAUUUCUAUAUCAUCUAGACUAUGCCCGUACACGGCUAGGCACCGAUGGGAGGGGGUCUGCAGUUAAUGGUCAACACCAGUUCAGAGGGAUUCUAGAUGUUUACUGUAAAACCUUAUCAAGUGAUGGAAUAGUGGGGAUCUAUCGAGGUUUUGGGGCUUCAAUUAUUGGAAUUACGAUGUAUCGAGGAAUGUACUUUGGGAUUUAUGACACCAUGAAGCCUAUUGUUUUGGUUGGUCCUUUGGAGGGGAAUUUUUUGGCUAGUUUUUUGCAUGGCUGGAGUGUUACAACAGUCUCUGGGGUCUGCGCCUAUCCAUUUGAUACCAUUCGGCGGAGAAUGAUGCUAACGUCAGGACAACCGUCAAAGUAUCGCAAUGCCUUGCAUGCAUCUCGGGAGAUUGUUUACCUUGAGGGUUUCAAAGCACUGUUCCGAGGAGUAACUGCAAAUAUGCUUCUAGGAGUUGCCGGAGCUGGGGUACUUGCAGGAUAUGACCAGCUCCAGAGAGUUGCGUAUAGAAAGGGUUAUUUUAUUGAGCCACAUCAAAGAGUUCUGAAGUAAGGGCCGGGACGUGGCACAUAGAUUGACCAGGUUAUUCUUUUGAGCUACAUCAAAGAGUAUUGAAGUGAAAGGCCAGACAUGGUGCAUAGACAUGGGCAUUCGUUUGAUCCACGACAAACAGUUUUCAAAUUUAAGAAGAAAGAGGCAAAGAGGCAAAGAGGAAAAGGGCAUGACAAGGUGAGGAAGGUUGUUGAUGAAAUUGACACUGCUGCUUCUUGGAAUGCCUAAGGAAAAUCCUAAGGUGAAGUUGAAUAAUUAUACUCAAUUAUUUGCAUUGCCAGUGGUCGGAUUGCGAUUUUAACCUACACAUACCACAUUUUCCAUGGAAAUCUUUCUGUUUCAAUUUCCAUGGAGUUUCUUUUUCAGAUGGGAAUUAGAUUUUCACUGCCGAGACGUAAUGCUGAGUGAAGAUGGAAUACAGAGAAGCUGUUCUUGUCUUCCAAUUUACGUCUUCGUUCAACUCUCAAAGCAUUGUUCUUUUUCUGCUAUUCAAAAUGUACAGAGAAUAUGAUUUCGCUCCUCCUUCGUAUUUGAAGUAACUUGCUUGUGAAGAAAAACUCUUCAUCUCAAAAUUGCCAUGAGAUUUGGUUUUGAUGAUUUGAUUGGGAAUUACAAGAAGGAAGGAGAUUGACUUAAAAUUACAAUGUGUGGUACAAGAACUUUCAGAGAUGGAACUUAGAAGCUGCUAUGCAGUUGGUGUCAAUCACUUAGGGUUGAGUCCACAACUACAAUGCAAAGUCAACCAAAUCCCUGUAACUUCUUGUCUUUGAUCUUUUUAUAUGAUUUUUAAAAUCUCCAACCAGGGCAACUUAAAUUCAAACACGUUUCCUUGACAUCCAA